GACCGGGUUUGGAGUCUUGAGAUCCGUUCAUCGCCGUCGUCCUCGACAAGAUCCGCCACCUUAUAUACCUCGGCCGGCGUCGCCGCUAGGGUUAUUUCCCUCUUCGGCUGUCGAGCACCGGCAACGAGUGGUGGUCUUAUUUUUGUGGCGGCGCUAGGGCCUCGUCCUCUCCAUCAUGGCCGAUCGGUUAACCCGUAUCGCUAUCGUUAGCUCUGAUCGAUGCAAACCAAAGAAGUGCCGACAGGAGUGCAAGAAGAGUUGCCCUGUCGUGAAAACAGGAAAACUUUGCAUAGAAGUAACUCCAGCCUCAAAGAUUGCUUUCAUAUCUGAAGAGUUAUGCAUUGGAUGUGGUAUCUGUGUUAAGAAAUGCCCUUUUGAGGCCAUUCAGAUUAUCAAUCUACCAAAGGACUUAGACAAAGACACGACCCACCGUUAUGGACCAAAUACAUUUAAAUUGCACAGGUUGCCAGUUCCAAGACCUGGACAAGUUCUGGGCUUGGUUGGGACAAAUGGUAUUGGAAAGUCUACUGCACUUAAAGUGUUGGCUGGGAAGUUGAAGCCCAACUUGGGUAGAUUCAACAAUCCUCCUGAUUGGCAGGAAAUUUUAACAUAUUUCCGUGGCUCUGAGCUUCAGAAUUAUUUUACUCGUAUACUGGAGGACAAUCUAAAGGCAAUCAUCAAGCCGCAGUAUGUUGAUCACAUUCCAAAAGCUGUUCAAGGUAAUGUUGGACAGGUGCUUGACCAAAAAGAUGAGAGAGAGAUGAAAGCAGAACUUUGUAAUGGCCUAGAAUUGAAUCAAGUUAUUGAUCGAAAUGUGGGGGACUUAUCUGGUGGAGAGUUGCAAAGAUUUGCUAUUGCUGUGGUUGCCAUACAAAAUGCAGAGAUUUAUAUGUUUGAUGAGCCAUCAAGUUAUCUUGAUGUGAAGCAGAGGCUUAAAGCAGCUCAAGUUAUCCGUUCCCUACUUAGACCUAACAGCUAUGUGAUUGUUGUGGAGCAUGAUCUCAGUGUAUUGGACUACUUGUCCGAUUUUAUUUGUUGUCUCUAUGGAAAGCCAGGAGCUUAUGGAGUUGUUACACUACCCUUCUCUGUACGAGAAGGAAUCAACAUUUUUUUGGCUGGUUUUGUUCCUACAGAAAAUCUUCGGUUUCGAGACGAAUCACUUACAUUUAAGGUUGCUGAGACUCCUCAAGAAAGUGCUGAGGAGAUUCAGACAUACCAACGAUAUAAAUAUCCUACCAUGAGUAAAACCCAAGGGAAUUUCAAGCUUAAAGUGAUCGAGGGUGAAUUUACAGAUUCUCAGAUCAUUGUAAUGCUGGGUGAGAAUGGGACUGGGAAGACAACAUUUAUUCGGAUGCUGGCUGGAUUGCUGAAGCCGGAUACUGUGGAAGAUUCAGAUGUUGAGAUGCCUGAAUUUAAUGUUUCAUAUAAGCCUCAGAAAAUUAGUCCUAAGUUUCCAUCUACAGUGAGACACUUGCUGCAUCAAAAAAUUCGCGAUUCAUAUAUGCAUCCGCAAUUUGUGUCUGAUGUUAUGAAACCAUUGCAAAUUGAGCAAUUGAUGGACCAAGAAGUUGUGAACCUUUCUGGUGGAGAAUUGCAAAGAGUAGCAUUGUGUUUGUGUCUUGGAAAGCCAGCAGAUAUUUAUCUGAUAGAUGAACCAAGUGCUUAUCUUGAUUCGGAGCAGCGCAUUGUCGCCUCAAAGGUGAUAAAGAGAUUUAUCCUUCAUGCCAAGAAAACUGCCUUCAUCGUUGAGCAUGAUUUCAUCAUGGCAACCUACCUGGCUGAUAAGGUCAUUGUGUAUGAGGGAAGGCCCUCUAUAGAUUGCACUGCAAAUGCACCUCAGUCUUUGGUAUCCGGGAUGAACUUGUUCUUAUCUCAUCUUGAUAUCACUUUCAGACGAGAUCCAACUAAUUACAGGCCCAGGAUAAACAAGUUGGACUCUACCAAAGACCGAGAACAGAAAGCUGCAGGAUCUUAUUAUUACCUCGAUGAUUGAUCAUCAUUCUUGUGCACGAUGGCCAUUGUCUGUUUGCUUUUGUGAACAUUGGUGUGCAUUUCUUUGGCAAGUAACCAAGUGUGUGCAAAGCAUGAAUCCUGGUGUCUAUGCACAAACUUCUGUUGCCGUGCUAACGUUUCCCUGAUGCACUCUACCGCUGGCUCUUUAUCUUCCCCCUUUAUUUGGAUCCUGAAGAUAGAAAAUGUGGCAUAAGCAGCGUAUUCAAUAAGGCAACAGUGGUUUUCUUUCGUGAUUUAUGUUCAUAGUUUGUAACUCGAGACAUCACCGGUGCUGCGAGCAUCUGGUCGAGUUCUUUCUCCAACCAACUUGAUCAUAUGACAUGGCUAAACUCCUGGUUUUCUGUAAUGAGCAAUAUUUUGCCUUGGUUGUCCCAAAGAAGAUAUCUUUUGAGCGGCCACUUUGGUGCUAUAAAUUAAAUGGAGGCUGUAAUUUUGUUGGGGCACUGCAGCAUUAGUUAUUUUGUUAUGAUUUCA